AUGAGCGAUUUUAAGAGUAACCAAGAACUGUACCAGCAUUACACUGCCACAGCCCCCAGGCUGCUGGCCCACGUCUCCAGACUCCUGAUACACUGCAGGAAAGAGGGCAUUGCUGUACCAAAGGGCAUCAGAAACAUCUUUGAGUUCACUUGGGAGGAACUCAUCACAGACCCGACAGUGCCCACCCCAUCCAACAUACUGGGCCUGGAAGUCAGCUUUGGUCCCCCACCUGUGGUGCUUGUAGAACCAAUCCCUGUGCCUGUUGUCACCCCAAAGAAACCGCCACCACGGACACUGCCGCCGAUACUGCCAGUGGUCACUGCGGCAGUCAAGCAUUCCAUCUCCUCUCCCAGCCAGGCCCACCCGAGGCCCACCAUCCAGGAGACCCUGGACAGGUUUCAUCAGCAGUCCAUUCACGUGCUGACAGAGCUCCUCACCCUGAAGAUGAAGGUCAUGGAAGAGUCUGCAUCUGUUGGUGCCAAUCCUCUGGACAUCCCCAGGCGCUUUGUAGAGGCCAGUCAGCUGCUCCAUCUCAAUGCCAAGGAGAUGGCCUUCAACUACAUGAUCGGCAUAGUCAGGAGAGGCGGCUACAGCAAGGGACAGAUGGGUAAAGAGUCCCCCAUGAACUUCUCUACAAUAGGAGUGAACUCUCCCUACCAGCUGACUUACCAGCCUUCCACAGCCUGUCUGAGCUUUUGCCUCUCAACUGGAAAGGAAGCCAAGAAGAAAAUAGUUGCAGGCAAGUCCAGAUCCGUAAAAGAUAUCUUCACGUCACUUCCUCAAGGAGCAGCAGCAUCUCCUGACAGUGUGGAGUUCAGAGAUCCCUGCCCCGAGGCCAGGGAGAAGCUGCAGGAGUUGUGUUGCCACAUAGAAGCUGAACGGGCCUCCUGGAAAGGGAGGAAUAUCUCCUACCCCACGAUUGUCCGCAACUACGGGGCAAAGAUACCCUCUCAGCCAGGGUCGACCCCCAAAUUGGACUCACAGGUCCCGAAUUCCCAUCACCUUCAGGCCUCCGGUGCUCACACUGCCAGUCCUGCCCCUCACCAGCCUUCCACCCACCGUGCUCAAUGCAGACGAAAUCCUCAAAAGCAGAAGGUGCCCAAGAAGCCCAUUAAGUUGCAUUACACCUUCUACGACGGGUCCUCCUUCGUGUAUUACCCCUCUGGAAACAUCGCUGUGUGUCAGAUUCCUCUAUGCUGCAGAGAGAGAACCAUCACCUACCUCUAUAAUGACAUACCUCAUUCCUUCCUGGCCCUGUUCAUCGCAGACAGCCAGGGCUAUGUUCACUACAAUGCAAAGACCCGAUGCCCAUAUGUCUUGGUCUUGGAUGAAGAAGGUGGGACCACCACUGACCACAAGGGCUACAUAGUCCACAAGUGGAGCUGGUCUUCCAAGACGGAGACUUUGCUCUCCCUUCAGUACAAGGUGAAUGAGCAAUUGAAGCUAACAAUCCUGGGGAAGGACAGCAUUACUGUCACCUUCACCUCCCUGAAUGAGACAGUAACGCUCACUGUAUCAUCCAAAAACUGUCCGCACAGGCCACUGCACAGCAAACGGCCAUCCCGCAGAAUCAGUGUCAUGGAGGACAAGAUAUCUAAGAUGAGCCGAGCCUUGGCUGAGCUCAAGAAGUGGUUUCAGAAGACAUUGACUCUGCUCAUGAAUUCCAUCUUGCUGGCAGCAGAUCUGCUCACCAUAGACUAUCCUCCUGUCAUGAAAGAGGUAGAAUUUACUCGAUUCAGGCUGAAAUCUGGAUCUCUUCCUGAGUGGAGUCCCAAGCUAAGUCUAUAUGGAGGAAAACUUACUUCACCACCUCAGUCCGCCCGGCGAGAAUCCUCUCUGGACGAGCCUUUGAAGGAGGCAUCUGAGCCUGCUCCUGUGAAAUCCGUUAAGAAGAAAAUCAUGAAAGCACAGAGCAAAGCCAUGGUCACAGCCAGAGGGAAGACCAAGGAGGUGCGCACUUCCACCAGGUGGGUGGCCUCGCCCUCGGACUGCCCGCUGGUGCUGCGGAAGCUCCUGCGCAAAGAAGACGCCCGGGCUGGCUGCAAGUGCAUAGCAAAGGUGCCCCUGGUGUCUGACUUGGAGCUGGAGCGAUUCCUGUCUGUGCCCCGAGACCCCAGCCAAGUACUAGUGAUUGGGAUCCUCUCAAACCAGAACCCCAGCAGCACAGCACAGCUCAGAUGGCUUCUGGACACACUGUACAGACAUCAGCAGCGGGGCCGUGCCUCACCCUGUCUCCAGUGCCGGCAUGACCCCUACCGCCUGCUGCAGUAUGACCUGGACAGCCCCCUGCAGGAGGUCCCGCCCCUGCUGGUGAAGAAGCAUGCUGUGGUACAGGGCAUGGUUUUGAUGUUUUCUGGGGGGAAGCUCCUCUUCGGGGGCCGUGUGUUCAAUGGAUAUGGCCUGAGCAAGCAGAAUCUGCUCAAACAGAUCACCCGCACACAGCAGGAUGGCAAGAUGGGCUACUUCCUCCCAGACAACUACAAAUUCAGUCCUUCAGCUUCUGUCCUGAGCCCGGAGAGUUCUGGAUCAGCCAAGAGAACCAUGUCGGACGAUUUUGAUGGAAGCUUGUCUUCGCUGGUCAUGGGAGAGGAAGAGUUAGAGAAGGAAUCCACUUCCGAAGUAGAGAAAAAGUAG